CGCGCCGGGGCCAGCCGCGGGCGCAGACUGCCGUCCUCCGCCGCCGACUUCCCGGCCCAGCGGGCAGCGAAGCCUCGUACCAUGGAGCCCGUGACCAAGUGGAGCCCCAAACAAGUGGUGGACUGGACUAAAGGGUUAGAUGACUGCCUGCAGCCGUAUGUCCACAAGUUUGAGCGCGAGAAGAUAGAUGGGGAGCAGCUGCUAAAGAUCUCCCACCAGGAUCUCGAGGAACUGGGGGUCACGCGGAUUGGACACCAGGAGCUAGUGCUGGAGGCCGUUGACCUUCUCUGUGCACUGAACUAUGGCCUUGAAAGUGAUACUAUGAAGAACUUGGUUCUGAAACUGAGGGCGUCUUCCCACAAUUUGCAGAAUUACAUAAGCAGCCGGCGGAAGAGCCCGGCUUAUGAUGGGAGCACGGCCCGCAAGCCUCCCAAUGAGCUCCUUACUUCUGUGGUGGAGCUCAUUGGCGCUGCCAAGGCCUUGCUGGCGUGGCUGGACCGGGCUCCGUUCACAGGGAUCACGGAUUUCUCCGUGACAAAGAACAAAAUCAUUCAACUGUGCUUGGACCUGACCACGACAGUCCAGAAGGAUUGCCUUGUAGCAGAAAUGGAAGAUAAAGUUUUAAAUGUGGUCAAGGUUUUAAAUGGUAUCUGUGACAAAACAAUGCGCUCUACCACGGAUCCUGUUAUGAGCCAGUGUGCAUGCCUGGAGGAAGUUCACCUGCCAAAUGUCAGACCUGGGGAAGGCCUGGGCAUGUACAUCAAAUCAACCUAUGAUGGAUUGCAUGUGAUUACUGGAACUACAGAAAAUUCACCUGCAGACAGAUCUCAGAAGAUUCAUGCUGGUGAUGAAGUCAUUCAAGUGAACCGACAGACUGUGGUCGGGUGGCAGCUGAAAAACCUGGUGAGGAAGCUGAGAGAGAACCCCACCGGCGUGGUGCUGCUGCUGAAGAAGAGGCCCAGCGGCUCCUUCAACUUCACCCCUGCGCCCCUGAAGAACCUGCGGUGGAGGCCGCCUCUCGUGCAGACCUCACCGCCGCCCACCACGACCCAGUCCCCAGAGAGCACCAUGGAUGCCUCCCUGAAGAAGGAGAAGCCAGCCAUCCUGGACCUGUACAUUCCUCCCCCUCCUGCUGUUCCCUACUCUCCCCGGGAUGAGAACGGGAGCUUUGCCUAUGGAGGACCCAGCAAGGGUAAACAGCCAUGGUCAGGGCGCAAGGGCUCUGAGUCCCCCAACUCCUUCCUGGACCAGGAGAGCCAAAGACGCAGAUUUACCAUUGCAGAUUCCGACCAGCUGCCCGGAUAUUCGGUGGGAACCAACGUUCUGCCCACAAAAAUGAGAGGGAAGACGCCGUCCUAUGGAAAACCCCGGCCUCUGUCCAUGCCUGCAGACGGAAGCUGGAUGGGGAUUGUGGACCCUUUUGCUAGACGUCAAGGCCAUGGGAGGAAAGGGGAAGACGCCCUCUGCCGGUACUUCAGCAACGAGCGGAUCACACCCAUCAUAGAAGAAAGUGCCUCUUCCAUGCGCUUCUCCAGAGCCGCGGCUGAGCGGCACCUGGUGCGCGGGGCGGACUAUAUACGAGGGAGCAGGUGCUACAUCAACUCUGAUCUGCACAGCAGCGCCACCAUUCCGUUCCAGGAGGAAGGGCCCAGGAAGAAAUCGGCCUCCACGUCAGCUAAGGCGUCCUCCGGGGAGCCGUCACUGCUGGUCAGCUGGCUCACUCGCCUCAAGCUGUUGACUCACUGAGGCUGCCCCCCCAGCCUCCUGCCUGUCUCCUGCUAGCCAGUGCCUUCUUCCUCGGUGGACGGCAGCUCCAGACUCCACCGACAGUGCUUCACGGCGACCUUACUCCAUUCCAGUUUGUUUUCUAAGGUUGUACGCUGCCGUUCCUGGAAUUUUGAAGUCUGACAGAGGGCGUGGAAUCCAGAGGAUCUUGGGUGCUCCUCGUGGAGGCAGAAGGAAGGACAGACACGGCAGAGCCUGUUUAUUUUCACCUCCCCAUUGUGGGAACACGGAGACAUGCUCUGUAAAGUGUGUGUUGGCCAGACAAAUUAAUGUCAGGAACUGGCAGAAAUUUUCACUUUCGUUUUCUUGGGCAGCGGGGACUAAGUUUAAUGGCUUUUGUCACAUAGAUGUGUUGGUUUGCGGCCCGGCUUCUGUAUCUGAAAAAGCCGAAGGAGCAAAACUUCUGUUUUGACUUUUAAGCCUAUAGACCAUAUUUAUAACUGUGGCAGCAGUGUCUGCAGAGGGCGAUGUGAUGUGUAAGGCUCUCUGGAGCAGGGCUUACCUGUAGCUCGGCUGUUACACGUGCCUAGCCCCUCUUCUGUAACAGCCUCCAUGUGGGUGUGCCGGUACACACACUCGCGAGCACGUUCUGAUGGGGCUUGGUAUAUGCACAGAAGUGCGUGCUUUUCGAGAGAGAUGUGUUGUUUCAUUGAGGAAGAGAAGCAGUAAGAUUUGCUGAGAGCCAAAGUGUGUUAUUCAGGAAAAUGAAGCGACAAGGUUUAGGAUUACAAAACAUUGGUCAGUUUGUACCGUUGACAUGUUUGAUGUCCGUCUUCUAGGGGAAAAAGCCUACGGUCCUUCCCAGGUGAACACAUUUUUGCUAAUAAGAAGUGUGUUGAAAAGCCUUAUGGGCACUAAUUUUCAAUUAGCAUCAGGUAUUUUGAAAACGUGUGUCUGGAUAUUAACUCUUGUUUAAACCGAAUGUACAAUAUUUUGCUAGAAUGAAAAAGUCCUAUCUUGUUAAUUUAAGUGUUUUAAAUAGAGUUGUAUAUUUUUCUUACUCUUAGUCACAUGUAAUUGAAAUAUUUCUGUUUUGCGCCGUAUAUGAAACCCAAGAAAAAGAGCAUUCAAAGUUGUUUUCAGAUUUACCAGUGACCACUCUGGGCAUUGCCAGCGUGAGCACUCAUAUUAAAAGCCGAAAUAAAUCCUCCCAAGCAUUGUGGGAUUUUAUGAA